UAACGACUUGCUUUGAAACCUUUUUCAUGUGUAUGAUUACUUCCUGCGCUUACUUAUAUCUGAUCUCCCUCCUGUGUUUAUUCUGUUAAUUCGUCUUCUAAAAUUUAGAUUUAUUAUGUCUAACCUACCGACAGAUACUAAAGCGCUAGAGCAGCAGCAAAUCCCUCCUCACCAGCGUCUGGGCUGCAAGCUAUUCAUUCAGAUGUCAGGCGCUCCGGGAUCGGGCAAGACUACGACGGCAAACUUGCUAGCUCCUCGGAUCGACGCCAUCGCCAUCCCGCAUGACAACAUCAAGUCUCUACUCCUGGACUCGGGUGUCUCCUUUGACGAGGCAGGCAGGAUAGCGUAUGGUCUCGACUGGGUACUUGCCGAGAACGCCAUGCGCCAGGGACUGAGCGUCAUCGUCGACACGCCCUGCCUCUAUCCACAGAUCCUCGACCGCGGCCACGCGCUGGCUCGGGCGCACGGGUACACGUACUGCUAUAUUGAGCUUCGUGCUGACCCUGAUAACCUAGCUAUGUUAGAUGAUCGUCUACGCGCCCGCGUCGAUCCGCUGAGGGUACAGCGUACCGCUAUCGACGAUGUGCUCAGAGACGCCGACAAGUUUGGCGGCGGGGCCGAGGCCAAGGAAGCUGCUCGGGAGCGGUUCCGUGCUAUGGUUGCCAAUCCGUGCCGACCCGCUUCUAACUUCAUUGUUGUUGAUGCAUGCAGCAGCCUCGACGAGCGUAUUGAUUUCGUGCUGGGACAGAUUUCUGCCAUAGCGGAUAAGGAGGAAGAAUCGGCUGUCAGGUAGUUAUUUGUAGUUCUACUUCGGCAAACAUGGCCGGCUCUCGCUGAGUAAAACCUUCAACGGUGUUACACGUGUAACCUCUGUGCCGGUUGAAGAAUGCAGUUCGCCUUGCACUUCGGCCGUACGAAGGACCAUUGCAGGCUGUUCAUGACCUUCCAAG